AUGUUGAAGAAAUAUAUGGCUAUUUUAACAAGUUAUGUAAAAUAAGCAUUAUAUAUUUAAAAAGAGCUUAAUUGUAGAGAAAUAAAGAUAUUAUCAAUAGAUUAUUAUUAAGGAGAAGAAAAUGAUAUAACAUUUUUGUGA